AUGCGCUCUUCGCUCUUCUUGUACUCCGUUUUUGCAUUCGCGUAUGCUCUCCUGCUAGCAUCUGCAUCUGCAUCCGUUCCACCCAGGGGAGGGUUCCCGCCAAACUUUGUAUGCAACAAUCGCACACGAGGCCCAGAUCUCGAAAAGCAGCAGCAAGCAGCACUCGCAGACUUUGCGCAUCUGUACGUGGAUUUGCAAGACGUGCAGACUGCAUUUGAUCGCUGGGUUCCGGGCGAGUACAUCCAACACAAUCCGAAUGCUGGCCAAGGUCGCGAUGCUGCGAUUGCAUUCUUGACAGCGGGAUUUGCUGACCCGCAGGUCACGUCCACGAACAAAACCGUCUUUGGAGGACAGGGAUUUGGCGCGGUGCACUUUAAGCUUUCGGUCAACCCGCAGACGGUGUUUGCUGUGGUGGAUUAUUUCCGAUUCCAAGGAACGUGCAUCGUAGAGCAUUGGGACGUCCUGCAGCAGAUAUUUGGGAACGAGACGAAUCCGAUAGCAUUUUUCUAG